AUGUCGGCUGGUCCAGAUGGAGUGGCUCUCGGACUUGGCUGUUUCAUCCACAUUCCAUUUCCCACAGAAGGUGGUCGGUACCUGUGCUCAGGGGAAGGCACGUUCCGAAGACCGUCAGAAGGGCAGUCCCUCAUCAGCUACCUCUCUGAGCAAGACUUCGGCAGCUGUGCCGACCUGGAAAAGGAGAAUGCCCACUUCAGCAUCUCAGAGUCCUUAAUUGCUGCCAUCGAGCUAAUGAAGUGCAACAUGAUGAGCCAGUGCCUAGAGGAGGAGGGCGUGGAAGAGGAAGACAGUGACAGAGAGAUCCAGGAGCUGAAGCAGAAGAUCCGCCUUCGGCGCCAGCAAAUCCGCACCAAGAACCUGCUCCCCAUGUACCAGGAGGCUGAGCACGGAAGUCAGUGGAGCCUGUGGACACUUCUGUUCCCACAUUUUCCCAGCUUCAGGCAUAAGGCCUGGUGCCCAAACCAGUGGUUCCUUUGCUGUCAGAAAGAUAUUUCUAUGUAG